AUGGCUUGCAUCAAACCGUUUGGAAACUUCAAUGCCGUUGAGGAUUGUAAGGCCUUGGAGAAGGCUAUGAAGGGAAUCGGAACCGAUGAAAAGGCAAUAAUUGACAUUCUCGCCUAUCGCUCAGCAGCGCAAAGGCUAGACAUUAUGUCAACCUAUAAGGCCCAAUUCGGAAAGGAUCUUUUGAAGGAGUUGAAGAGUGAGCUAAGCGGGAGAUUUGAACAGGCAGUUCUGUGGUCUUUCAAUGAUAGGGCCCAUGUUAAUGCUACCGCGCUGUUCAAGGCCAUCGACAGGGCAGGCACCGAUGAAUUGAUGCUCAUCGAUGUUCUCUGCACGGCUACUCCAGAAGAAAUAGUGGAAAUCAGAGCAGCCUACCUAGACGUUUUGGAGUUGAAGAAGAAGAAGAAUAGGGAUCUGGAGAAAGACAUUAGGAGUGACACUUCCGGAGACUUUCAAAAGCUUCUGGUUGCCCUGCUUCAGGCAUGUCGUGAGGAGGGUUGUGAUGAAGCACAAGCCAAGAUCGAUUCAUUUGACCUCUACAAAGCGGGUGAAGCGCGAAGCGGAACUGAUGAAAGCGCCUUCACUCGAAUUAUUGGCAAUCGAAGCUGGGAGCAUCUUCGUAAAGUUGACAAUUUCUACGUUGAUCAUUAUGGCCACAAUUUAAUUAAAGCUAUUACAAAGGAAACUUCGGGAGAUUAUAGAACAGCACUUAUUCGAAUUAUGCAAACUGCCACAAAUAGGGCCGAAACAGUUGCAGAAAUGUUCUACAAGAGCAUGAAGGGAAUGGGAACUAAUGACGAUAAUUUAAUUCGCCUAGUUCUUGUGCAUUCAGAGACUGAUUUGGCCCAUAUUAAAGAUGUUUUUCACAACAAAUAUGGCAAAUCAUUGGAGGAUAUGAUCAAAGGCGACACUUCAGGGGAUUAUAGAAAGUUCCUUCUCGCUAUUGUUAAUCAGUGA